UUCAAUUCCUUCAGCUGUCAUCAAAAUUUAUAUUCUCGUGAUAGUUAUUUCUGAUGUAACGUACAGAGAGGUGUUCGGUUGCUUCGUUUAAUAACACAGUACAAUGAACUGAGUAUUGGCAAGGCGUUGCAAAAAUAAACAUAACAUAUUUAUUAAUUGUGAUAAACUGUUAUCUUGAAGAUGGCUUUAAAACAUGUAGUUGUUGGUGGUGGUACUGGUUUCAUAGGUUCACAAUUGAUUAAAUCGUUGUCCUUAGAGGGCAUUUCUUGCACAUGUAUUUCUCGUAUGCCAGGACCGAAUAGAAUGUCAUGGAAUGAUUUAGAGAGCUACGGUUUACCAGAAAACACAUCAGCGGUCAUCAACGUAGCGGGUCAAAAUGUACUUGAUCCUAUGCAGAGGUGGUCACCUGGUUUUAAGCAAAAUGUUAGAAAUAGCAGAGUGAAAACAACUAAAGCUCUAGCAGAUGCCAUAAAAAAUACCAAAGUAGAAAGUUUUGUAACUAUCUCUGGAGUUGCAUAUUAUAAGCCCAACGAUACUGUGUACACAGAAGAGAGCAAAUGUGAACCAUACGAUUUUCUAUCAAAACUUACUCAUGAUUGGGAGGAAGCAGCACAAUUACCAAAAGAUUGCGAUGUCAGGCAAGUAACAAUCAGAUCUGGAGUUGUACUGGGCAAAACUGGUGGUAUGAUCAAGCAAAUAUAUUUACCAUUCUUUCUUGGUCUUGGUGGACCAAUAGGAACUGGAAAUCAAUACAUGCCUUGGAUACACAUUGAUGACUUAGUUAAUAUGUUUAUGUUUACACUUAAAAAUAAAGAUGUGCAAGGUGUAUUAAAUGGAGUUGCGCCUCAGCUUGUAACAAAUAUGGAAUUUACGAAGACAUUUGCAGCAGCUAUGAGGAGACCAGCAUUUAUACCUCUUCCUAGUUUUGUUCUGCAGAUAUUAUUCAGUGAUGAACGAGCAAAAAUAAUGUUAGAAGGACAAAAAGUAAAACCAAAGCGUGUAACAGAACUGGGAUUUAAAUAUCAAUAUCCAGAUAUCAAAAGUGCCUGUAAACAACUUGUGCAAUAAACUCUUUUCAUAUAUUUUCAAUGAAAACUCGAUACACAGAGACGCGUAGCUAAUUAAUUGUUAUAAAAAGUGUUAUAAUGUAAGUGUUAUUACAAUUACACUGAGUACUAUUAUAAAUUAAUAGAUUAUUUAAAUUGUAUUUAAAUUGUUAACAGCUUGCCAUCAGACGUCUAUCGCUCAGUAUACAAAUUUGUUUCUAAUAAACAAAUUUUGAUUAGCAAAUGGUAGCAAUAUUGUGAACGUGUACAUGACGAAUAAACGUUUGGUUUAAUCACA